AUGGAGGCUGAAAACCAUACCACUGUGGCAGAGCUAAUCAUCUUGGGACUAACAGAGGAUCCUAAGCUGUGUAUAGUCUUUUUUGUGAUAUUUCUAGGAGUAUAUAUUAUCACUUUAGUAGGCAAUAUCAGUAUCAUCACAUUGAUAAGAAUUUCCUCCCAACUGCACACACCCAUGUAUCUAUUCCUCAGCCACCUGGCUUUUGUAGAUAUUGUAUUUUCAACCUCAGUCUCAGUUAUAAUGCUUAUGGAGCUCCUUGGACAUGGGCUGGUCCUGUCUGUGGCUACCUGUGCAGCUCAACUCUGUAUGACAGUGUCAUUUGGGUCAGCCGAGUGCUUCUUACUGGCUGCUAUGGCCUAUGAUCGCUAUGUAGCAAUCUGUUCACCUCUCCUCUAUUCAACACUCAUGUCCUCUAGAGUCUGUUUUCUAUUGUUGGGAAUAUCCUAUGUUGGUGGCUUUGUGAAUGGUUGGACAUUUACUGGUUGUGUGUUAAGUCUGUCCUUCUGUGGACCAACUCAGAUAAAUCACUUUUUCUGUGACUUCUCCCCUUUGCUGAAAGUGUCCUGCUCAGAUGUCUCCAUUAUUGGAAUCAUCCCGUCUAUCUCUUCUGGCUCCAUUAUUGUGGUGACAGUUUUUGUCAUAGCUGUCUCCUACAUCUACAUACUUAUCACCAUCCUGAAGAUGCGCUCCACUGAGGGCCGACACAAGGCCUUCUCCACCUGCACCUCCCACCUCACUGCAGUCACUCUCUUCUAUGGGACCAUUACCGUCAUUUACGUGAUGCCCAAAUCGAGCUACUCUACUGAACAGAACAAGGUGAUCUCUUUAUUCUACACAGUGGUGAUUCCUAUGUUGAAUCCUCUCAUCUAUAGUCUGAGAAACAGAGAUGUAAAAGAUGCUCUGAGGAAAGCAAUUGUCAGAGUAUAUUCAUAG